GUCAUCCUGGUUGCCCAUGCGCUGCACAACGGAGACGAGUAUACCUCGCAGCAGAGGAAACAGUGGUGGCGGGACCUCAUAGGGAUCUGCCAUAAAUGGAAAGUACAGUUGGCCUUCCUGGACGCGAAUGCCAGGCUUGGCAGCAUUGUGUCUGAGGCAGUGGGAAGCGAAGGGUUCAGGCAAGACGAGGACGAAUCGGGCGGGCUGUUUCAUGACAUGCUCUUGGAGACGGGCUUGGCCGCGGCCGACACGUUAGAUCAUUAUCCUGUCUUCAUGCGCUUCGAGUCCCAGGGCUCCACCAAAGCAGCGCAACAACAGAGCGGCUACGACGCUAGGGGCACCCAGGACCCUGAUAAGGCAGCAGCCUUCAGGAUGCACCUGGCAGCGUUUCCCACGGUGCCUCACCAGGUCGACAUGAAUCAGCACUUACGCGACAUCAUUCAAUACAUGUACGUGGGUGCACAAGCAUGCUUCCCUAAACCCGCGCGUACUCCGAUCAAGCCAUAUGUUUCAGAGGCUCCUCUGGGCAUUAUCAUCUUCAGAAGGCAAGUACGGCAGGCGUGGCGUCUCUGGGGUAAGCAGGACUCUGGUGGGGUCAGGAGGCUGGUCGCCGCGGCGCUGGAGGCGGGGGCCCCCCAGAACAUCACCAAUCUCGAGCUGGACCUCCUGGUUUCGGAGCUUUUCCAGGCUUUCGCUGAGUGGGACAAACAGAUCCUGGCGGCAAGCGAGCUAGCCGCACACAUGCUUGAGUUUCUGGUCAAGUCGAAGCCGGCCCUGAGAAGGGCCUUGAAGCUCUCGCGCAACAAGCUGCUAGACGACCUCGCGCAGCAGUUGUGCAACGCUAGGUCCUCAAACGAGAGUAGAGUGGAGUGGGGAGUGCUAUGCCAGCUGCAAAGGUUUGGGGGAAAGCGCUCCAAGUUCCAGGUCGAGGGGCUUAGAAUCCGACGAGGUUCUCGGGGCGAGGUGCUGGCCACAUCUGGAGAUCUCUCGGAGGCCCUCACGGAUUAUUUCGCUGUAGUUGAGAAUGGGCAGGCACUCAGCUGGGAAGAGCUGGUUGAGAGAUACAACGCCCUCCCUGAGCGUGGAAAUGUAUAUCCCAGGGAGUUGGACAUGAUCACCCCCUUCCGCAGGCUCAAGCAUGACAUCAUGAAGGCAGCCAAGAGGAGAGGUGCUGGGCUUGACGGGCUCAGCAAUGAUCUUUUCCAGGUCGCUCCGCAAGAAUGCACGCAGAUAUUGUUGCCGUUGUUCGUGAAAGUUGACAUGUCGUCCAGGGAGCCCCUGCUGUUCAAAGGAGGCUGGCAAUGUGAUCAACACAAAUCUGGGUCCCCCGAACCCCUGGAGCACUACAGAGGCAUCCUGCUGGGAUGCCACGCGGCGAAGUUGCACCACGCCUUCCUCAGGGGUAUACUUCUAGAGGCAACGCUGAACAUGCUGUCGGUGGUCCAGCAGGGAGCUCUCCCUCAGCGCGGCACUGACAUUGCAUCCUUGCAUCUUCGGUCGGCCAUGAUGGCUGCCAAGGCUAGGAAGCGCGCAAACCUGUCGUUGUACACCGAUCUAAAGGCGGCAUUCUAUUCGGUCAUCCGAGGGUUCGUUGCCAGAAUGGCCCAGAGCAGUGAGGACAUCCAGAACACGCUGGCGGGCUUGGAGAUACCUAGUUGUCUGGAGCCUCUGUGCCAUGCCCUAGUCGCCAAGCCUGGAGCCCUGGACGGGCUGGGGAGUAAGCACCUUCUGGAAGCAGUGGUUGGCGUGAUGGAAUGCAAUUGGUUCCAAGUGCGGGGGAGUACCAGGGUCGUCUCCCCCCGCCUAGGUCGCGAACACGAGCAUGUAGAGGAAGACGUAUGGGAUCCUGCCUUCAUGGAUGACCUCGUCAACGGCAUCGAGCUGUUAGACGCUAGGCUCUGGAAGGAGGCGGCCAUCGCCCUCGUCGCGAUCAUGUGCGAAGACACCAAGUCUAGGGGGUUCACCAUGAACUGGAAGGCGGGCAAGACGGAGCUCAUGGCCUUCUUCAGCUCACAGGGGUACUGA